AUGGAACCGCUGCAGGAUCCGGUUAUGCAAGAAGAUGCAAAUAUUAAAGCUAUUAAUGAAGAGUACAGGAAAGCCUUUAUUUUUAUCAAUAAAGGACUGAAUACAGAUGAACUGGGUCAGAAAGAAGAGGCAAGAAGUUAUUAUAAGCAAGGGCUUGACCACUUGGUCCGAGGAGUUAGCAUUCCAUCGCAGGGUCCGACACGCGUGGGGUCUCAGUGGGAGUCUGCCAGGCAAAUGCAGCAGAAGAUGAGGGAGACCCUCCAAAACGUUCGCGCUCGACUCGGAAUUCUGGAACAAAACAGCCCACCCGUACAAGCAAGUCCUGCUGCUAUGGAUGCCCCUGCUGGUGUGCCCAGGUUGUACCCAUCCAUUCCUUCCAAAGAAAAGCCAGAAAGACCCCCAGCUCCUGAUUCUCUCUUUGUACCAAGUCAGCCACCUGCAACAGAUGGAAGUGUCGCAGCUGUGAGCCAGGGGCAAAUUGCAGCUAUGAGUCCGUCAUCUGCAAAACCUCUUUGUCUGCCAAAUGAAGCACCUCCUGCCUAUACUCCUCAAGCUACCAACGGCCAUUUUACUGUGUCUUACGGCACAGACUCUGGGGAGUUUUCUUCUGUAGGCGAGGACUACUACAGUAAGUGUACUCAGCCACCCCCCCUUGAGAACCUGGGAGUGGAUGCAGAUGAGCUGAUCUUGAUUCCCCAAGGAGUACAGAUAUUCUUUGUGACUCCUGACGGGCAGGUUAGUGCUCCUUCGUAUCCUGGAUAUCUACGCAUUGUGAAGUUCUUGGAUGCAGAUAGCGGCACGGCCCAGAAUCGUCCACCUGCGUUUCUUCAGGUUUGUGACUGGUUGUAUCCUCUGAUGUGUAACCAGUCUCCUGUUCUGUGCUGCAAUACUGGAGUCUACAUGUUCCCUGACACCAUGUCCCAGAUACCAGGGUCCUACGUGGGCGUAGUGUUGUCUUCAGAGCUUCCAGCAGCUGACAGAGAGCUGUUUGAGGAUCUCUUAAAACAGAUGUCUGACCUUCGAAUCCAGGUGCCAGGAUCCCAUGAGAGAGUAGGGUUAUCUUCAGAGCUCACAGCAACUGAGAGCGUGCAUUUUGAAGAUAAAUUUAAACAGAUGUCUGGCCACAAAGUCCAGCCUUCAGAAGCCUCUAGUGAUGCAGUUAACUUGCCUCAGACUGUGCGUAUCCAACCACGACCUGAAGGAGCAGAAAAUCAGAAAGAGUUGCCAGAAUGGAGCGAGAAAGUUGCCCAUGGAAUCUUGUCAGGUGCAUCUUGGGUAAGCUGGGGCCUAAUAAAAGGAGCAGAAUAUACUGGUAAAGCUAUCCACAAAGGAGCGUCUAAACUGAGAGAACACAUUCAACCAGAAGAAAAACCUCUGGAAGUCAACCCAACUGUAGCAAAGGGGCUGCAUGUAGCAAAACAGGCUACUGGAGGAGCUGUGAAAGUCAGCCAGUUCUUAGUUGAGGGAGUGUGUUCUAUAGCAAGCUAUGUCGGAAAGGAGCUGGCUCCACAUGUGAAGAAGCAUGGCAGCAAAUUAGUUCCAGAAUCCCUUAAGAAAGAUAAAGAUGGCAAAUCCACUUUUGAUGGUGCUUUGGUGGUAGCAGCAAGUGGAGUUCAAGGGUUUUCAACGGUGUGGCAAGGUUUAGAAAGUGCAGCGAAGUGCAUUGCUAAAAGUGUUUCAACUGAGACUGUAAAAACUGUCAAAUACAAGUAUGGAGAUGAUGCUGGCUGUGCUACAGACAACGCUAUGAAUUCUGCAAUCAAUGUUGGUGUGACAGCAUUUAACAUUGACCACAUCGGUAUCAAAGCUGUUGUAAAGAGAACUGCAAAGGAAACUGGCCAUGCUGUGUUAGAUGAAUAUAAAGUACUGGAUAAUGAAAAGAAGGAUAAAAAGUGAAAGCAAUGAAAAAUUUCUCAAAGCCUUACACUAGAGAUCAAACUUCCUAUUUAGAAGCCACUGCACUGCUAAUCUGCAAUUUAACACAAAUCACACUGUACUUUUCAAGCAACUGU